AUGUCCCACCACCAAGAGUGGCUCAGCGGCACCAUUACUGAUCGAGCUAGUCGGGUCCUAACGGACAUCACUGCUAGACUGGGUCUGCAGCAGGUGGUGAUGAAAUCAAGACCACCACAUCAGGAGGCCACCACACCGAGAGCCAGCCACACCGAGAGCCAGCCACACCGAGACCACCACACCGAGAGCCAGCCACACCGAGAGCCAGCCACACCGAGAGCCAGCCACACCGAGACCACCACACCGAGAGCCAGCCACACCGAGACCACCACACCGAGAGCCAGCCACACCGAGACCACCACACCGAGAGCCAGCCACACCGAGAGCCAGCCACACCGAGACCACCACACCGAGAGCCAGCCACACCGAGAGCCAGCCACACCGAGACCACCACACCGAGACCACCACACCGAGAGCCAGCCACACCGAGAGCCAGCCACACCGAGAGCCAGCCACACCGAGAGCCAGCCACACCGAGACCACCACACCGAGACCACCACACCGAGAGCCAGCCACACCGAGAGCCAGCCACACCGAGAGCCAGCCACACCGAGACCACCACACCGAGAGCCAGCCACACCGAGACCACCACACCGAGAGCCAGCCACACCGAGAGCCAGCCACACCGAGAGCCAGCCACACCGAGACCACCACACCGAGAGCCAGCCACACCGAGACCACCACACCGAGAGCCAGCCACACCGAGACCACCACACCGAGAGCCAGCCACACCGAGAGCCAGCCACACCGAGACCACCACACCGAGAGCCAGCCACACCGAGAGCCAGCCACACCGAGAGCCAGCCACACCGAGACCACCACACCGAGACCACCACACCGAGAGCCAGCCACACCGAGAGCCAGCCACACCGAGACCACCACACCGAGACCACCACACCGAGACCACCACACCGAGACCACCACACCGAGAGCCAGCCACACCGAGACCACCACACCGAGACCACCACACCGAGACCACCACACCGAGACCACCACACCGAGAGCCAGCCACACCGAGACCACCACACCGAGAGCCAGCCACACCGAGACCACCACACCGAGACCACCACACCGAGAGCCAGCCACACCGAGACCACCACACCGAGAGCCAGCCACACCGAGACCACCUUACCAGCUGACAGUCCAAGCCUGCCAUUCUGA